AUACGUUUAACACGAGGAAAUGAAAUUCAAACAGUCUCUUAUUGUCAUUGUUGCUCCAAAGUUGUUGAGCUUCUAGCUCAAAAUGUGCAGAUCCGUGUGUCUCCUUGCGUUCAUCGUGUUAGUAUGCCCAGCUGCUGAAGGGUUGGACAAUGGGCUGGCGCUGAAACCCACAAUGGGCUGGCUGCACUGGGAGAGAUUCAUGUGUAAUACCGACUGUGACAAGGACCCCAAUAACUGCAUCAGUGAGCGCCUGUACAUGCAGAUGGCAGAUGUGAUGGUGAAGGAGGGAUGGAAAGAGGCUGGUUACGAGUAUGUCUGCAUAGAUGACUGCUGGCCCUCCCACCAGCGGGACGCCCAGGGCCGCCUGCAGGCAGACCCAAAAAGAUUCCCUGGAGGCAUCAAGAAACUGGCCGACUAUGUUCAUUCUAAAGGUUUGAAGCUGGGUAUCUAUGCAGAUGUGGGGAAGAAUACCUGUGCUGGAUACCCUGGCAGUCUGGGAUACUAUGAGACAGAUGCUCAGACUUUUGCUGACUGGGAUGUGGAUCUGCUCAAAUUUGACGGCUGCUACAUGGACUGGAAGUUGCUGGGAGAAGGCUACAUGAACAUGUCAAAAGCACUGAACAAAACAGGAAGAAGCAUCCUCUACUCCUGUGAGUGGCCUUUGUAUGAGUGGCCUUACAAACAGCCUGACUACAAAGCCAUCCGUGAGACGUGUAACCACUGGCGCAACUUCGCUGACGUGUACGACUCAUGGAGCUCCAUCAAGUCCAUCUUGGACUGGACUGCUACUCAUCAGGACAUCAUCGUCCCCUCAGCCGGACCUGGGGGCUGGAACGACCCCGAUAUGCUCGUGAUUGGGAACUUUGGCCUCAGUCAUGACCAGCAGGAGUCUCAGAUGGCAUUAUGGGCCAUCAUGGCCGCCCCUCUGCUCGUUUCUAAUGAUAUGAGGGACAUCUGUCCUCUCAAGAUGCUGCUGCAGAACACACACAUCAUCGCCAUCAGCCAGGAUCCGCUGGGCAAGCAAGGACAACGCACUAUUAAGGUGGACAGUUUCGAAGUGUGGGAAAGGCCUCUGUCAAAGAAGCGACUGGCUAUUGCUGUGCUGAACACUCAGGAGAUCGGCAGCCCUCGAGGGUUUUUCAUCAGAGCGGCUCCUGGCUGGAAGAUCUGUAGCCCCCAGUGUAACGUCACACAGAUCCUCCCUCAGUACAAGGAGCUGGGUGUUCAGACUCCACAUACCCAAUUGGUUGUAUCCGUAAACCCCUCAGGCACCACUCUACUGACAGUCACGCCCACCAGCAGCGACUCUGCGGGGCUGUACAAGCUGCACUGGCAGGAAACGCCUGUCAAACGCAGGCACUCAACCAUCCUGUAAACCUGGUAUGGUGCACUUUGAUGUAAAAAAGAAAUGUAAUAAUCUGUUUCUCUUGUAGGUGUACUUUGUACAUUUGCGUGAAUCAGCCUGCUAUUAUAAUUACUUCUUUAAAUAUGAACCACUGAAAGAUUUUGAACACGUAGUGUGAAUUAUCCUGAAUUGGCUGCAAAGUGAACGAACGAGUCCUUCAACCAUACGUUUUGUUAGCAUUUUAGCACACCCAAUUUCUCAAUGCCAGGUAGAUGUAUCUUUUGGUUAAUGCCUGAAAUAGAGCUGCCAUGACAUUGUCCCUCAGACUACACUUCUAGUUAUACUGUCCAUGCUCCUAAAUCUUGAAGCAUCUUAAAGCAGUCUGUAAUGAAACACCAGCACACUAACACUAGUCCAGGUGUCCAAGGCUAGCCUUACACUUCUUCCACUUAUAUUAUAUUUAAGUGGCAUUAUUCAAAGACUGAAAAAAACAGAGUUUAGUGGCAACAAAAUGAAAAAUCCCUUUGUUUUGUCAAAGCAACCAUUGUAAUGUUUACUUUGGGGUCUGCUUACAAGCAAGUCACCCAUGCACAUCUGUAUAAAGCGCAUCAUCUUAGCACUUGACUUUGGCACACAUGACAAGCAUAAUUAAACAGAGGUAAAGGAAAAGGCCAAACUCCAAAUUAUGUUUCCAUACAUUUAUUGAAAAUAGUGACAAUUUCCUCCAGCAGACGAGCCUGCAGUUUAGAACUGGAUGACCUGGCCCUGUAAGAGAAAAGAGAGAUGUUGGUUAGGAUUACGCUCAAGCCGUGUAGAACUAAUAUUUCAAUGGGUUUUCACUGGAGGAUUAAGAGCCUCUUUUAGGACUUGUCGUCAUAACCCUUAUUCAAAAGAAAAUGUCAACGAGUUACCAUCUACGCAAUUUAACUGAUUCAUCACUUUAUGAGCAUUUGGAACUGUUUGAAGAGGAACUAUACAAAUGUUAAGCUUGUCUGGGUGAAAUAACAACAUCAAAAUAGCCUUUAUUUUCUGACUUAAUAGCAUACCAGAAUUCCAUAGCAGAGCUUUUGCAUUUCUAUACGGUGCGGGUGACAUUAAUUAGGGCCCAAUAUUCACUGAAAUGAUGGCCACUCAACCACUUCACUGGCAUAUGCACAAGCAUUAUGGCCAAGAGCAAAAUAAAACUAUAAACUACUUGUAAACAAAUACUCAGAGAUGUACUGCAUUCUCCUAUACAAACCAAAGUUGUGUUAAACCUAUUUAGAUUUAAAUGACACAUGUCAGAAAAGGUGAAACUAAUCUGAGCCGUUAUCUCAAUAUGACAGCAAACGCAUCAGUACUUCCAAGUUAACCUAGUAAAAUGCCAAACAAUCAUACACAAACGGUUGUGCAAAUUGAUCAAUAGUCACUGACUACUUAGUACGGAGAAGCUGUAAACAACAUGACUUAUAACAGUUUAGGCAAAGGCAUUAAUAAUAAUUAAUGUUCUGGAGUUUUUUAUUAACUCCCUUUUCUUAUGGACAUGUGUUUGGCCUGUCGUUUGCACUGUUUUUUUAAUUGAGUUUAGCCAUAUAAAUAUUCUAACAUGUCAUUUUGUAGCUGCCAAAUCAAGUUUAAUAGAAAUGUGCUUUUUCUAAACAGCAGAGGUGUUUUGUGUAACUCCUGAAGAUGUUGAAUAUUGAGGUAAAUAGUUGAAUUAAUGUGAGACCAACACAUAGAAACAGGUAGAGCUCAGCCACAGAGGAUUUGGGAAGUUUUAUACAUACAUACGACCUUCAACUCAAGUAUCUGUUCCACUCAAAAAGCAUUGAAUCCCUCUGAAAAGUUCCAAUAAAUUACUGUGCAAUGCAAGAAUGCCUACCUUUCUCUUCUUGUCACCACCCAACUCGAAGUGCUUGCAUCUCUUGAUGGCGAGCAUCCUCUUGGAUCUGCAGUUGGGCUCAACGCACUCAAGCCUCAACACAAUCUUCUUUGUAGUCU